CUCCGUUUGCUCCAGAGCAGCUCUCGUUUGGCCAGAAGAAAACUGUAGCGGAUCUCAAUGGAUUUACUAUAUGAGAUCACACACCUAUCGGGAUAGCAUCCACAUUUACUACGGGUUCAUAAUGUUUCUGAAAGAACGACUACACUACAGAUAGAGGACGAGUGAGGACCCUUUUGAGGGAUGACAGACCUGGAGGCAUCGACAGUGGGGGAACCCCCUCCCCCGUAUAUGAUCUUCCUCCUGGUCUUCUUCUUCUUCAUCACUGGCCUCCUGGGCUUCCUGGUCUGCCACCUGCUGAAGAAGAAGGGCUACCGUUGCAGGACUGGGGAGGAGGAGGACGAUGAGGAGUGUGAGCAGAAACUGGGACCAGACAAGAAUGAUGAUGAAGAAGAGGAAAAUCAAGACACCGUUGAACAAAUCCUGAAGUGCAUCAUUGAAAAUGAAGCUAACAUGGAAGCCUUCAAGGAUAUGCUAGGAAAACAGGAUAUAUGUCAACAUCAUGAUCCUAGAUUACUGCGCAAAGAGAGCCUGGGGGGUAUUCCACCUCAUCACCACACAGUGCACUCUGGCGCCCAGCUCGACCAUAAGUCCUGCACACUCUGUGUGCAAGGGCGGUCCAAGAAGGCCCGCCGCCUGAGCCGUGUGCCUCGGACCAAUAAGCCCAGAACGCCAGGAGAGAGGAGAGAGUCCACUGUGUUCGCUGUGGGAAGGUUCCGAGUCACCCACAUGGACAAGAAGGAUCAGGGGUCUGGCGACCAGUUGGACCAAUCGGAGGCCCUGGAUAGUGAGAAGGGGGAUGAGGAGGACCCCCAGAGGAAGGAGGGGUACAACCUGCAGAGCAUGUUCAAAGACGUCAAAACAGAGACCACAAACGGUGUGGUGGCCACCGCGGCCAAGCGGAAGAAGAGUCUAGUUCUGUUCUCGCUGCGCAGAGGCAGUGAUCCAGUGGGGGUCAAAGUGUCACUGAGCCAGCCCGUGGUGGAAGAGGAACCCCUCUUCAAUGAUCCGUUGAAGACUGCUCCAGUGCAGACCUCCAGCCCUGUGAUGGCCCUGUCGUCCCAGCCCAGCAUGGGCUCUGCUGCACCUGACGACACUGAGAUGGCCCCUGUUAAGAUGUCCCCCACUAGGGUCACUUUUAUAGUGUCCCCCACAGAGGCUCCCGAACCGGUCUCUCCCAACACGAGUCCAGCAGGAGUUUCCCCCCUAACGCCCCCGGUACAAGAAUCCCCCAUCACCACCCCAGUACAAGUCACCCCCAUGACCCCUGAAAUAUUCCCCCUUACCCCAGGCUCCCCUACUAACCUUGCCCCUAGCCCCUUAAAUGUCUCCCCUGCCACUUCCCCUGUACAAGCCCACCCUACCCAUAUACAAGCCUCCCCUACCCCUGUACAAGCCUCCCAUACCCCUACCCCGGUACAAGCCUCCCCUACCCCUGUACAAGCCUCCCCUACUCCUGUACAAGCCUCCCCUACCCCUGUACAAGCCUCCCCUACCCCUGUACAAGCCUCCCAUACCCCUGUACAAGCCUCCCAUACCCCCACCCCUGUACAAGCCUCCCCUACCACUGCCCCCUUAAAUCUCUCCCCUGCCCUGUCCUCCAGAAUGGUGUCCCCCUCCCCUAACUCCUUAAAUCUCUCCCCUUCCCUGUCCUCCAGAAUGGUGUCCCCCUCCCCUAACUCCUUAAAUCUCUCCCCUUCCCUGUCCUCCAGAAAAGUGUCCUCCAAUACUACUCCUUUAAAUCUCUCCCCCACCCCUACCCCCAUGCAAGUCUCCCCUUCCCUGUCCUCCAGAAAAGUGUCCUCCAAUACUACUCCUUUAAAUCUCUCCCCCACCCCUACCCCCAUGCAAGUCUCCCCUUCCCUGUCCUCCAGAAAAGUGUCCUCCAAUACUACUCCUUUAAAUCUCUCCCCCACCCCUACCCCCAUGCAAGUCUCCCCUGCCCUGUCCUCCAGAAAAGUGUCCUCCAAUACUACUCCUUUAAAUCUCUCCCCCACCCCUACCCCCAUGCAAGUCUCCCCUGCCCUGUCCUCCAGAAAAGUGUCCUCCAAUACUACUCCUUUAAAUCUCUCCCCCACCCCUACCCCCAUGCAAGUCUCCGAUGCCCUGUCCUCCAGAAAUGUCUCCCCUGCCCUCUCCUCCAGAAAAGUCUCCCCUACCCCCUUAAUGGUGUCCCCUAUAGCUCCUCAUAGCAUUCUAAGUAAUACUACUACUUUAGUCAAGGUGGAACAAACCUCACCCUCCUCCUCUCCGUUCACGACCUCAGCCACAGCCACCAUGAAAGGGCCAGAACACAAGGCAGACAGCCUUGCUAGGUUUAAGGCCGACAAAGUCUCUCCCACUGUGGCCACUGUGAAGAUCUCCCCCACCGUGGACCACAUGAAAGUCUCCGCCACCAUGACUCCAACAAAAGUCUGCCCCUCCAGUGGAAGCCCUCUAGAGAACAAGCUGGAGGUGGGUAGUGUUGCCAUAGUCAACGCCAGUCCUGACAGUCAGAGGGAAGUCUCUGUGGUGUGUAUGGCUGAUGUGGUGAAGGGGGAGAAGGAGGACCCUGCUGUGGCCCAGAGCCCCCCAGAGGAGGAGAAGGAGGACGAGGUGGAGAUGGAGGACAUAAAGAACUGUCGGGUCAGCCAGGAGGAGGAGGGCGUGUCUCUGAAGGAGAAGAGGAGAUCAGUACACAGUCAGCACAAGUGGUGAGAGAGAGAGAGAGAGAGAGAGAGAGAGAGAGAGAGAGAGAGAGAUAUAGCAAUAAUACGGAGGUAAACCAACCAGGCCAUGUCAAAACUCAACUGAGAUCACCAGGCCAUGUCAAAACUCAACUGAGUACACCAUGCCAGGCUGGCUGAGACUGUCUGGCACCAACUAUGAAGUGACAUGGCUUCAAAACGACAAGGCUGUGAUUCAUCCAGAUGGAUUGAUCUUAAACACUUGCAUAAUGUGACUAACAGCACAGCUAUAAUACUACUCCUAUUAUAACCAGACAGUGCAAUCCCAGGCCUCACAGACUACACCAACAACAAUCAACUAUAUCCCCAACAACCAUCAACUAUACCCCCAACAACCAUCAACAAUACCCCCAACAACAAUCAACUAUACCCCCAACAACAAUCAA